CCCCUGGGCCCAAGGUACCGCAACAAGUAAGAGAGCUCGGACAUCGGACGUAGUAAACAAAUUGCACUGGACAUUACACCAACAUACAGAAAUAUGCAAAAGUUCGUCCUUACAACAGUUGUGAUAGUAUGUGCCCUACUCGUAAGUCAAGUGACGUGUCAAGAGGCGAUGUUAGCGCCCCCUGAGAGGCCCCACAGCUUCAGGACUCCAGACCAGCUCAGGAGUUACCUCCGGGCCCUUAACGAAUAUUAUUCUAUCGUCGGCCGACCACGAUUUGGAAGAAGCGUCAACAAGCGAUCUCUUGAAAGCAGUCUGUUUAACACCGAGGACCUCAGCCCUGAAGACUACCCUGCAUUUGAAGACGAAAGUGACCUCUACAUAUGA